AUGCUGUACGUACAAAUUAUUACAGAUAAGUGGACAGAUGCAGCUGGAUAUACUCCGCCGUUUCCUAUGUACUCGAAUACAACUGGAGAUCAAGGAUCAAGAUUUGUGGAUUUAAAUGGUGAUGGCCGUAUGGACUUUGUCUAUCAUCUAUGGACUCCGUACAAAAUUUUUAAAGGCGCGUUCAUCAACGAUCCUGGUUCGGAAACCUUCGUAUCAGCUGCCAAUUUUGAACCACCGUUUCCCGUUGCUGCUAAUAACGGCAGCGAUUUAGGUACUCGUCUUUUGAUUAUAUUUCAAUCCUAUUGUAAUUGAAUGCAAUAUCAGUCACCCAUUCUUCUUGUUGCAUAUAAUGGAAGUAAUAGACCUUCAUAGCUCAGAUGCAUAUGUCUCUUAUAGAUCAGGUGAUUCACAGUUUUUUUUUAACCCUCUGGAUUUAUACAAAUUACUUUUAAUCUGAAGAAUUACAGAAUGUAGUAAUGACGAGUGAAAGAAAAUGUAACGGUUCAAAAUAUUGUUUUAAAUAGAAAAUUAGCUUUUCUCAAGCUCGCUUUAUCCGUCAUUUUUGGAAUUUUUGUAACAACUUCAGUUUUUGUGUGUAAUAUGGUACAUUUACAGUUACAACUUGUAAAGUGCUUUUCUCAUUGUUUCAGUUGUCUAGAAUAUGAGGGAAGACAGUGCUAAAAAGGCAGAUAUUGCAUGACUCGCGUGACGAAGUCUAAUAGCAUACGGAUUAGCUAUAAAGUGUAUUUUUACUACAUAAAAUAUAUCACCAUCUGAUUCCUCCCUUUCUUCUGUAAUGACUUGAUAGAAACGUAAAAUAUAUGACCAUCAUUCCAUUCUCCUGUUGUUUAUAGGCACGAGAUUCGUUGAUUUAAACGGGGACGGAAAAGUUGACUUUGUGUAUCACCGCUGGAUUAAUUCCGUUGUUGUUCAUAAGGGAGCGUAUCUAAACACAGGCGAGGGCUGGAUGUCAUCGCCCGAGUACAUACCACCAUUUCAUAUCGCUCAUGAUAAUCAUGGGGACCUAGGAGCGAGAUUCAUUGAAAUGAAUGGUGAUGGAAAAAUUGACUUUGUCUAUCAUCGACGUCUAAGUGGAGGUCGUCAACAAAAGGGUGCUUACAUCAAUACAGGUAACAAUAUUUUUAAUGAGAUCACUGCAACCAGUUGAUGGACACUACUUUGAUAUGAAUAAUUGAAGAAAUUGACAGAGAAUAUUAAAGAACUAUCCAAGGUGCGAGUGAUGAAACUAGUAUAGAAAAAAGAGAAAAACAAGAGAGAAUGAGGAAAAAGGGAGAAAAUAAGAACAAAUGAGUUAUAAAACGAACAGAAUAAAUAUUUCUGUGCUAGGUUUUUAUGAUAGGAGUUUAGUCCGAAAGCUGAAUUUUAAUAAAAACUUUUAAAUUUUUUAACUAAAACUUUUCUUAUCAGAGUUUAUAUUAAAACCUAGCACUGAAAUGAAACAUCCUGGUAACAUAGUAACGCUUAAAGAAUAAAUAUUGUUUCCUGACAGAGCCAUAUAUAUAUAUAUAUAUAAUCUCCGAAAUGCAACUAACAUCAUAACUUAACAAGUCGUUCUCAGCUUGACCUUGUAGCUCAGACGGUAGAGCAUCGUUCUAGAAAUGCGAAGGUCGCGGGUUCGAAUCCCAGCCGCGGUCAAGUAGAAUUUUCUGCUUGCCCGGUUUGGUAUACACUCGUCUGAAAACAACUCAAAAACCGCUAUAUAUAUAUAUAUAUAUAUAUGUAUAUAUAUAUAUAUAUGUAUAUAUAUAUAUGUAUAUCUAUCUAUCUAUCUAUCUAUCUAUCUAUAUAUACAUAUAUAUAUAUAUAUAUAUAUAUAUAUAUAUAUAUAUAUAUAUAUAUAUAUAUAUAUAUAUAUAUAUAUAUAUAUAUAUAAAGUCUGUAAAGUUGUAUAAAUUUGAAUUGUAUCGAUUAGGUGUUUUCGUUUUUCGCUUGAUUAUUAUUAUUUACCGUACUUAUUUUUAUGAAAUUGUAAUCAAUGCACAUUCCAUAUAAACAACAGGAGAAUAGUAGAUCUGCCAAGCCGGAGAAUAAUGGUACCCUUGAAAAAUUGUGUGGUGGAUAACGCCCUUUAGGGUGUAUAGAGAUGUUUUAAUUAGAGUUAGAGAAAUAAAAUCGAGCUCGACCUACUGAAAAAUAUAGCAGUGUGAUGCCACUGUAAUAUAAGUGUAAAAUUUCUUAGUUUCGGCAUCUUGCCCUACAGAACAUGCACAAUGUUGAGGGUUUCAAUCCCAAUUGCCACUUUUUCACUCAGCAUUUUGUGUCCUCAUUUUGAUUUAUUAUUUCAGCUCUCUUUGUCGACUGUGUCGGAAAACAAUGUUUAUACUGUUCGUUUUAUAAUACACAUUAAAGCAUUUCUAGAAAUCUCCUUUCAUCAGUUCAUAAACCCCUUUAUGAACGCAAGGUAAUAAUAUACCUAAUUUUAGUCAGGUAGUGAUAAGCUUGGCGGUGAUAAAGUGAAUUCAGUGCAGUGAUGACCUGUAGAGAUGUGCAGUGAUAAUAUUCUUAAACAAUUACUAAGUCGUCAGAUAGUUUAACUUGUUAUCUCCCAUGCACAACAAAAUCCAUACAAUAAUGUAAUGCAUAUCUUGGUUCAUUUUCUCAGGAAAUGGUUGGGAAGAAGCACCGCAAUAUACACCACCAUAUCCCAUAGCAGAUGAUGAAGUUAGUGAUUCAAGCGCUAGAUUCGUAGAUAUUAAUGGAGAUGGGCGUAUGGACCUUGUAUAUCACCGCUGGCGUAACGGCAACCCUGCAGAAAAGGGCGCGUACAUCAAUAAUGGUCUCACAUGGGUGUGGUCUCCAGAGUACACACCGCCGUUUCAUAUUACUUCUGGUUGUAUUACCGAUCUCGGAGCGAGAUUUGUUGACCUGAAUGGCGAUGGUAGAGUUGACUUUGUCUAUCAUAGAUGGAUCAACAAUAAGGUAUUCAAUGAAGCUAGUACAAAUUUAUAGUAACUUCAAGCCAACUACGGUAACUUAAUAUUUAAAAUCAUAUUUAUUAUGGGGCGUUUAUAUUAUAAUAUUUUACAGAUCUUGCCAUUUAACACAAACUAUUACACAAAAUUAGUUACACAUUAGAUUACAUGGCUGGAAUUACCACACAGAUUAAUUCUUCAAUAACGGGGUUCCAAUCUCCGUGCGUUCCUGAACAAUAAAUCAUAGUUUUCAUAGGAAUUAAAAACUAACACGACUUAUGAUAAUUUGGGCAACGACAGCUAUGUGUGUACUCAGUAAUGUUUAAGUGUGAACACAUACGCCCGUAUUCUAAAAGCUCACUCACACUCACACUCGAUGAGUAGAGGUUCAAUCUGAACUUCUCUUGAGUGCCAAUGCUGUUUUUGAAGAACUGGAGGGCGAGUAGUCACCGAGUAAGUUAUGACACUAGCCCUCCAGCUAUUCAAAAAGAGCAAGAACACUCAAGAGAAACUCAGAUUGAACAUCCACUCAUUGAGUGUGAGUGAGCUUUUAGAAUACGGACGAUAGUUGCGUACUGUACAUACAUUAUUCAGAUCACUCCCCAUCGUGACCGUUUUUCAGUGACUAAUUGCAUCAAGAAAUUUAUAUUUACUUAAUACAUUACUACCUACUUAGCCUUAUAUAUUUAUCUUUGCAACAGUUGUGAUAUUAAGUGUCCUAACUAUGUUUAACCUGACCCACCCUGCCAACGUUCCCUGUGGGAGGGGACCGAAGCGCCCAGAGAACAGACUCUUUUAUGCGAGUUCGUAAAUGAGAACUGAAUCCACGAUCAUAGAGGGGAGGGCACCGAAACACAUGAUGAAGAACCGAUUAUAUGGCAAUCCAAUGCCAACCGAUUGUUGGAACCAAUUUUAAACCAACACAUGUAUGUAUAUCAACCAAGAAACGAUAGCAAAAAAAUGAUACACUAAGAAGCAUUCAUCUAUAGUGAAAAUAUCAGUAAAAGAGCAAAUUGGUUAAAAGAUAUUUUUGUCCUACUACUCUCAUUUUAACAUUUCUCCUGUAACGUGAGGAUCGGGAUUAUAUCUUGUGUAUCGUCUUCAUCACUUCUAUCAUCCAACCGUAUUUGCAAUCCAUCUUAUUUUGUGUCCUCAUUUUGAUUAUAUCCGCUUAUCAAAGAAACAUUUCGUACUUAAAUUUUAUUGCUAGUACAGUUAGACAUUAGUUAAAGUAAUUAUUGUCUUUUAUGCUGAAAGGUUGCUCAAAAAGGUGCCUAUAUAAACAACGGAUAUCACUGGGUUUGGACGCCCGAGUACAUUCCACCUUUCCAAAUCUCAGCCGACCAUGUUGGAGACUUGGGAGCUAAAUUUGUUGACAUUAAUGGUGAUGGUCUAAAUGACAUGGUUUGGCACAUAGUUUGGAAUGGAAAAACCCAAAAAGGAGCUGCUAUAAAUACCGGAUGUGGUUGGAAGCUUGAUAGUGCAUUUAGCCCGCUCUAUACCAUAGCGAACGUAGGACGUAAAGGAUCAGGAGCAAGGUUUGUGGAACUGAAUGGUGAUGGAACCAUUGAUAUGGUAUGGAACACGGAAGUAUCACAUAAUAGCCAUCAGAAAGGUGCCACACUUG